CCACCAUCGAACAGCUCUUACUGUCAAGAAGUGCUUCCUAAUGUUGAGGUGGAAUCUCUUUUCCUGGAGCUUGCAUCCAUUGUUCCAUUGCUGCAUCCCACAUACGUGAGAACUUGAAUGCUCUGAAGAUGGGUUAGAGCAGUGGACCCCAAAUCUUCUGGGCCAAUGUCGGUCGCUGCUCCCUUUGCCACCCAGUCCCUCGGGGAGCAGCAACCGAGCCACCGCACCCAGCCUUCUCUUUCAAGAGGAAAGAUGCUCUGUGGCAGCGAGGUCCAGAGGGGUACGGCGGAGGCGCCCACUAUAGCAGUCCUCACCCCGCAACUUGGGGAGGGCCCAACUGGGUGUCACUCCUCUUCUGGGGUGUCACCUGGAGCUGUCCGCACCCCCGCACCUCCUUGUGAUGCCACCGCUUUCUUUCCGGAGGACUUUAUCACACAGGGACAUGAGUUUUUAACCCGUCUAGAAAGCGCAAUUGAACGCAAGCGCACAAAAAGCUUUCUCACUCAGUGGUGCUGAUCCCGUGAGUCCCGUCAAAGAAGUGGAACCGUAUUACUGGGAUCUUCUGACAAUAGAAAGGCCCAGUACGCACAGGCAGGAAGUGGCGUGGCGGCGCCGAUUCUAGGGUUCCAGAGCACGCAGCAACCGCACGCUCCGGAACCCUAGUCUGGCAUCAUGGCGGCCUCCCAUUCACAUGGGGGCCGCCAUGAUGGUAACACUGCCGCAGACGUCGCUAGCAAGAAGUGGUGUCAUGGCAGCACCCCUUCCUGCUUGCGACGCCGCAAAAAGGACACCGCUCUAAGUGGCUUCUUUUUUGCUGUGCAUUGUUGCAGUUUGGUUGCUGCGGCAAUGAUGCGCAGCAAAAUGGGGAAAUGGCCUUAGGGUCGCCAUAAGUCAGAAAAGACUUGAUAACAACAAAAAUAUUUAUUAUUAUUAUUAUUAUUAUUAUUAUUACUCUUCAAUGUUGGUUGCUGCUGCUUUUUCUUGAGGUUCCUAACUCAUCAAAAAAACCCUUAAAUCCUCCUUCUUUCCCAUCAUGGGUGCAUUUUCAUGCCGAUCUCCAAUCCAUGUGUAGACACAAAGGGGUUCCAUCGCGCGUUUACACCGCUUUUAUUCCCCCCUAAUUGAUUCUAUUGUAACAAACUGGCCUCGCCUACUGACAUUCCAUCGCCUCUGAUUGGCUGGGACGGUGUCAUCCUCUCCUCUGAUUGGCUCCGACGCGCUGCAGUGGAGUUCAGCAGCCCAACGUUCUAAACACGCCCUUCGCCUGGAGUUCACCAGUUCCUUUCUUGAGCUUUUAUACGAAGGAUCUCUUUGGAGCUGGUGCUUUGCAACUACUAGUUACUUUGUAACGUUGUGCCAUGUCUUCGGAAGAAAGCAGCGAUGCAAGUCAUACCGCUCCGGAGAGCAAAGAAGCAGAACAGCAGAAUGCCAUUAGUCGGGUAGCGAGUCUGCCACUGGUGAGCUCCACAUAUGACAUGGUGUCUUCUGCUUACGCUUCCACGAAGGAGACCCAUCCGUACCUGAAAUCUGUCUGCAAUGUGGCAGAAAUGGGGGUGAAGACCCUCACAGCUGCAGCUGUCAGCGGUGCCCAGCCUCUCCUGACCAAGUUGGAACCACAAAUUGCAACGGCCAAUGAAUAUGCAUGCAAAGGGCUGGAUAAGUUGGAGGAAAAACUGCCUAUUUUGCAGCAGCCGUCUGAAAAGGUGGUGGCAGACACCAAGGAACUGGUCUCCACCAGAGUUACCGGAGCCCAGGGCAUCGUCGCCAGCACCGUCAAUGGGGCCAGGGAUGCUGUGACCGGGGUAGUGGGCAUAGCCAAGGGCGCAGUGCAAGGCAGCAUGGAAGUGACCCGGUCAGUGGUGGCCGGUGGCAUGAACACCGUCCUGGGGUCCAGAAUGGGUCAGAUGGUGGCCACUGGCGUGGAUGCCCUCUUGGGCAAGUCAGAAGAGCUGGUGGAUCAUUACCUCCCUAUGACUGACCAAGAACUAGCCACAUUGGCCACUUCCGUGGAGGGUUUUGAUAUGGCCACCGUGGAGCAGCAGAAAGCACAAGGGAGCUACUUCGUGCGCCUGGGGUCCCUCUCAGCCAAACUCCGUCACCGAGCCUAUCAACACUCCUUGGCCAAGCUGAAAGAUGCCAAGCAGGGCACCCAAGAUGCCCUGGCCAGACUUCACCAAACCAUUGAGUUGAUUGAAAGUGUCAAACAAGGGGUGGACCAGAAGCUUCAGGGUGGUCAGGAGAAACUCCACCAGAUGUAUCUGGAGUGGAACCCGAAGCAAACGGGGAGCGAGGAGAAGGUGGAGUCACUGGCACAGCCGGAGGUCGAGUCCAGGACUCUGGCCAUGUUCCGUGGCCUGACCCAGCAACUGCAGCUAUCUUGCUCGACCCUCACGUCCCGGGUCCAAGGCCUCCCGGCCACCGUCCAAGACAAAGUCCAGCUGGUCCGCAGCACCGUGGAAGAUCUCCACUCCUCCUUUUCGGGAGUUCGCUCCUUCCAAGAGAUGCCCGCUGGUCUCUUGGUCCAGAGUCGCGAGCGCAUCGCCCAUGCACGUGGGUCCAUCGAUGAGAUGCUGGACUACGUGGUGCAGAAUGUCCCCUUGCCUUGGGUGGUGGGACCCUUUGCCCCCAACUUGGUGGAGCUCCCGGACGUCCCAAGCAGCGAUGCGGAGAAGACAGAAGACGGCCUCCAGAGUCAAGAGGAACCCAAGGAAAAGACUGACAUCCCAAAAGCAGAACCCUCCAGUCCGAAGGCAGAGCCUUAGAGCUCUUCACUGGCUCUGGGAAUGCCACGUUUCGUGGAAAGGGCUGGAGGUCUCAGGACCUUUAGCAAUGGUGGCUGGUGGCUCCCAUGUCAAGACAAUGAAUCCACUCCAGGUCUGAAGCCAGGUUUUCUCUCCAAGGUGCUAUUCCUAGAUUGGUUCAGGACCAUGGAUCGCUCCCAUAACGCCUAGAACCACAGGUAGCUCCUGUGACGCCUAGCUAAAUGCAGGGCCACAGAUAGCUCCCCUAACACCUAGAACCAUGGAUAGCGCCUGUAACACCUAGAACCACAGAUAGCUCUUGCAAUGCUUAGCCAGGUUCAGGAUUGUAGAUAGCUCUGCUAAUGUCUAGCCAAGUUCAGGAGCACAGCUAGCUCCUGUAACACCUAGAACCGCAGAUAGUUCUUGUAACACCUAGAACCACAGAUGGCUCCUGUGACACCUAGUCUGGUUCGGAUCAAUGGAUAGUUCCUGUAACAACUAGGUUCGGUGCCAUGGAUAGUUCCUGUAAUGCGAGGCCAAAACCUGGAAUGUAUUCCCCACUGACAUGGAAACAACCAGUCACCCGCUGACCUUUGGUGCUCUUCUGGGACUACAACUCCCAGUGGUCUCUGAGUAACAAGGGCAGGCGUAACAAUAUUUGUCUUGUUUUGUAUUGGACUGGUAAUCUUUGAACUGGAUGCAGAGUGUAUGUGUGUGUGUAAGUCAGAUGGCUGUUAGUCAUUUCUCUGAGCUAUCAUGGCAUCGCACAGCAGCCCUUAUGAGUGAGCCCAUUUUGGCCUUUCUACAAUAGAUCUGCAUCACUGCCUUUUCUUUCUUUGAUCCACUUGGGGCCUAUCCCUGCACCUCCACAUUUUGUGCCCCCUGCACUCUUUGGUGGUCUAAUGAGUCUAGGGAAGAUGGUACAGGUUGAAUCUCCCUUAUCCAAAAUGCUUGGGACCAGAAGUGUCUCAGAGUUGGGGUUUUAUUUUAUUUUUUCAGAUUGUGGGAUGUUUUGGAUUUUUGGAAUACAGAAAAUCCACCAAAGUGACCCUUACAAGGAGCAUAGAGCAUAUUUUCCUUGCAAGGCUAGAAAGAGAUGCAGGGAUCAGUGAAAUGUCAGGAAUCCAAGCGCAAUGCUUGGCAUGAAUCUGUGCCUCCUGCCAUGUCACAGAUCCUCACCUCUCUCUAGCUUUGCAAAUACAGUAUGUACUGUUGUUGUGUGCCUUCAACUCACAUAUACUAGACACUGAUCACUGCACACAUCAAUCAGUUCGCACACAUGGCACGCACUGUGUAUUUUGCAUACCACAUGCCACACGCUGCAGGCCCUGCACAUAUUGCAAACGGCACAUAUUGAUCACUCUGCCCACUGUACACCGCACAUGCUGCACACACUGAUCACUGCAUGCCCGGCACCCUGUUCACUACACACAUUGAUCAGUUCGCACACUGCGCAUUGCAUGCACAGCACAUACUGCACUUAUUGCAUCCAACACAUACUGAUCACUCUGCAUAUUGAACACUGAUCACAGCCCAUGCUAAUCAUGGCACACACGGCACAUUCUGAUCACUGUGUGCACUGCAGAUAUUACAAACAGCACAUACUGAUCACUAUGUAGAACACAUAUUGCACACACUGAUCACUGCGUGCACUGAACACACUGCACAAUGAUCACUGUACCUCCUGAUCAUAGUAUAUACUACACAAUGAUCACGGUACACUGUUCAUUGCAUACAUUGAUCAGUUCACACACAUUCUGCGUACUGCACAUACUGCAUAAAGGACCUACAGUGCUCUGUUCACUAUACACACUGAUCCCUGCAGUAUUUGACCCAUGGAGGCUUAGCCUGAAAAGGUACUAAAGUAUAAUCCUUCUUUUCUUCCCUCCCAACAUACUUUUCAAUGCAUCCCAGUAACAUUUUCCCCAUUAACCGGUCUUUGAAGUUUAAAGAUUGCUCACUUUCUUUGAAGAUAGCAUGCCAUCCUGGAUAGAUCUCACUGUUUUCUUUUUCCCCUUCCCUGCUAAUGUAGAGAAAAAGUAACUUGCACCCAUUGAGUCUGGUAUGAAUCUUGCAUGGGACUUUUUGAGUGGGGUUUUUGCAAUGAAAUCAACCUUUGGCCAGUGCCAAUGAUCUGGACUUUUUAAAAUGAAGUGCCACUAAUAUUUUGUACCUCUCUAAGAAAGACCAGUGUCUUAUUUUGCAGUCCGGACAAAAAAGACAAUUCUGCACUGCAUCCUGAGACAUUUAUCGAUUGUAGAACGGACCUCUGUAACGUCUUAUUUUUCAGUAAUAAACAUUUAUUCUGUACUA